UUAUCAAAAAAAAUGAAAAAUCAAGUGCUUUUUCGUUCUUUUUCAUCUAUGGCGGUCCCUGUUCUCUGUUCAUCGUAUCAUCUUUUCUUCUACUGACAUACUUUACUGUUCUAGAAUCUAGAUCGAUCGUCCUCAGACCGAAAUUGGGAAUAGAGAGAACAACCUUAGGAACCGAAGAUUCCCGAUUUUGUGUCUGCAGUUGUUUUUGGAGGAGUCGUUUCAGGUACUCUUUCUUUUUUGUUUUGUUUCUAUUGGAUUCAUUGCGGAUUCUGGUUCGAAUUCUGAAAUUAUAGAUUGAGCAUGAAUUGUUGAGGGGAUAGGAGUUCCUCGGUGUUGGUGUGGGAUUUUGUGGCAAUUGUUGGGUGAUUUUGAUAAGUUAUCGGAUGAGUAAUCAAUUUGUUAUUUGUUGUGAAAAGUAAAAUGGUGGACUGGAUUGUAUUGGGGUUUGGCAUGAUUUUCAAAAGUUUGUGAGGCGUAUGGUGUGAUUGAUUCUCCCAUGUGUAAUAAAGAAAUUGCUUGCUUGAGCCAGUCUGGUAGUGUUACCUCAAUUCAUAAUCAGCAAGGCCUUCAGACCGUGUACUUGAUGGAUACACCUUCCUCUCCCCCCACUUUUGGUUCUAGGUCUGCAGCUGGUUCGACACUGUGCUCAAAUGAUGAUACUCCGCGUGUAAAGUUUUUAUGUAGCUUUUUAGGGAGUAUAAUGCCUCGUCCCCAAGAUGGGAAACUUAGUUAUGUUGGCGGGGAGACGCGAAUUGUGGGUGUCCCUAGGGAUAUUAGUUAUCAGGAGUUGAUGAAUAGAAUGAGGGAACUUUAUGAAGGUGCAGCAAUUUUGAAGUAUCAGCAACCCGAUGAGGAUCUUGAUGCUCUUGUCUCGGUUGUGAAUGAUGAUGAUGUUAUUAACAUGAUGGAGGAAUAUGAAAAGUUGGGUUCUGGUGAUGGAUUUACUAGACUCCGGAUUUUCCUGUUUUCACAUCCUGACUUAGAUGGUUCAUCUCAUUUUGUCGAUGGGGAUGAUUGGGAAAGUGAGAGGCGGUAUGUGGAUGCGCUGAAUAAUUUAAAUGACGAGACUGAAUUUAGGAGGCAGCAGCAACCUGAAUCCCUUGUGCCUAGUGUGUUGGAUGAUUUUUGUGUGGCCGAACAGUUCUUUAAUCCGAUGAGUCUUGAGGGUAGCCUUCAUGGUCAGAGGAGUUCGGAGAUGCCACUGCCACAUUAUAAUUUGCACCUUACAACUCCUCAUAUGGGAUCUGGGCAGCACCAGCAAUCUGUUAGGUAUAAUGAAAUGGAAGGUUUAUGGAGUCCUGCAUACUAUUCACCAAGGCAUCACCAUGAUCCACGGCCAUUAUCGGAGUUUCCAUCUUCUCCAUCCUCGGCUCGUUACCGAAUGCCAUUUGGGGAAUUACCUGAUAAAUACAUGGACAGAAUGCCUGAAGAAUAUGCUUGGCAGCAAGUCAAUCAUCAUGCUACUUAUGACCACCAGCCCCAAUUUUCUGACAAUGUAGCAUGGAGGCCAACUGGAGCAAUGUCUAAUGAUAAGGGUGGUUUUCCAGGAAAUUUACUUCAUGGUCCAAGCAUUUUUGAAGGUAACAGUUUCUGUGAGCACUGCCGUGUGAAUUUCCCAAGAAACCAACUGUAUCUAGAGCAGCCCAAUAUUGGAAAUGGGCAUCCUCAGGUUGGCACCACAUGUGUUGGGUGCCCUAUCAAUAGGGAAACUUUCAUGUUGAACGCGGAGCAAAGGCUACAACCUGGAAUUUUCCCUAAAGAUCAAAAUGAUCCUCAAUCAAUUUAUAAUGAUAUACAUGGUCUUGAACGAGGAUGGAUUAAGCAGCACCACAUGAAUUCUCGAGUUGAGGAAGCAAGAACACAUAUCUCUGGAGCUGGAAGAUUAAAUGAUCGCUGCAUUAUGGAUGGUCCUAUGAAUUUUCCCGUUGGCCAUAGUAAUUUAGCGGAUGGUCAUCAUGUGUUGUCUAAUUAUGUUCAUCAUCGAGCUGGACCUCAAAUUGGGAAUGAAGUGUUUCAUGAUCAGGCUGUGCAUGCUGCACCACACCUGCAUAUGCAUCCCCCUGAAGAACGUGGGAUCCAACAUGGAAAUUUCCCUUAUGCUUAUGGAGCAGAUACUGUUCACCCUGUCUCACAUGGACAUUUGCACAUGCAAACUUCAUGGAGAAAUGUUCAGAACCCGAUGCAUGGUGGUCCAUCCUAUGAAGUAUCUAGUGCAACCCCACCAGUGAAUGGUUCUGUUAGUCCAGUUGUUUUUAGGGGUACAGCGGAUGGUAGUCCAGGAUUUGGUGCUGGGUCAGAUAAUCAACAUCUUUGGGUUGAUUCCUCUAAGAAAAUAUUGGGUUUUGAUGGGACAGCUGGCCCAGACUAUUCUUGUGGACAAUCUCUUAGAUUAUGCAAAAAAUCUCAUCACUUGGAAAACCAUAGCUCACUUCCUCCCGACCCUAUUUGUUCCACCACUGAGACGCUAAGUUUUCCAAACCCUAGAGAUCCAGUGCAUAUAGAGGAACCAUCAUCCACUUCAGUUCAUGAUAAGUGGGUCUCUCCAACUGCUUCUGGUUAUAGCCCACGACGGAAGAGUAUUAUCAGUUUUACUGAAAAAGAGAGGGAAGCUAACGGUACUGAAAAGUCUGAAAAUGUGGUUGUGCCAAGCAUAUGUUGUCCAACUAUUGCUGAUAGCAAAUGUGGGGAGGUAUCAAAUGAAUUGAGAAAUUUAACUUUUGCUGAAGAAAGUGAUGAUGCAAAACUGGGUGAAAAAGACUGGUCUGCUGCUCCAGUGGAUUCAAAGCUGUCAGUCGACCGCUUGAGUUUCUUACCUGAGUUAAUUGCUUCUGUAAAGAAAGCAGCAUUGGAAGAGGCUGAGGUGGUGAAUGCUAGAGUUGAGGAAAAUGUUGAUUCGAUAAAGCAUGUUCCUGUGACAAAAGAAGCAGAUGGAAAUGAACCUGAAACAGUGAAUGCCUAUGCUGAGGUAGAGUUGGACUCUGAUGGCGACAACCCGAAGACUUGCAACAUUGAGCCAACAAAGGCUGAAGGAGAAGCUAUUGCCAAUGCCAGGGGCCCACAGACAAUAAGAAAUGAUGAUCUGGAGGAGAUCCGAGAACUAGGUUCUGGAACAUAUGGAGCUGUUUACCACGGGAAGUGGAAGGGUUCUGAUGUGGCAAUAAAAAGAAUAAAAGCCAGCUGCUUUGCUGGACGACCUUCAGAAAGAGAACGUCUGAUCGCGGAUUUCUGGAAGGAAGCUUUGAUAUUGAGUUCAUUACAUCACCCAAAUGUUGUUUCUUUCUAUGGUGUUGUUCGGGAUGGCCCAGAUGGGUCUUUAGCAACAGUGACGGAAUUUAUGAUCAAUGGAUCUUUGAAACAGUUUUUGCAAAAAAAGGACAGAACUAUUGAUCGCCGCAAGAGACUCAUCAUAGCAAUGGAUGCUGCAUUUGGGAUGGAGUAUCUUCAUGGAAAGAAUAUAGUGCAUUUUGAUUUGAAAUGUGAGAACCUGCUGGUGAACAUGAGAGAUCCACAGCGCCCUGUCUGCAAGAUUGGUGAUUUGGGCUUAUCAAAGGUGAAACAACACACGUUAGUCUCGGGGGGUAUUCGUGGAACUUUACCUUGGAUGGCACCUGAGUUACUGAGUGGAAAAAGUCACAUGGUUUCAGAGAAGAUUGAUGUUUACUCAUUUGGGAUUGUUAUGUGGGAAUUGCUCACUGGAGAAGAACCUUAUGCUGAUAUACAUUGUGCUUCCAUAAUUGGAGGAAUUGUGAACGACACAUUACGUCCCCAGAUUCCAGCAUGGUGUGAUCCAGAAUGGAAGUCUUUGAUGGAAAGUUGUUGGGCCUCUGAUCCUGCUGAGAGGCAAUCGUUUUCAGAAAUUUCUCAGAAACUGAGGAACAUGGCUGCUGCAAUCAAUGUGAAAUGAUUUUAAUUUGCCGCAGCGCAGCAGUUUAUUUCACUCUUUGGCAUCUUCCUCAAUAAAUGUAAGAAAAAUAAGAGGAAGCAUAGGAUAUAUGGCAAUGGCAGUUUAUGGUAACUUGCUAGUUUUGAAGGAUACGGGUAAUAAUUUAUACUAUGCCUUGGCUUAUCUCAAGCCAUGAGAUGCCAUUGUUCUUUAUCGAAUGUAGCUCAAUGCAUUCUACUGAAAUAUACCUUGAAGCUACAGAAUAUACCGAGGGCUAUGGAUGAGUAAUCAAAAUGUGAGUUCUCUUAUUUCGAUACUGUGCACCUUUAUUAUUCCUUUUGCUGAUUUUUAUGGUUUGAUCAAAAGGAAUAGAUUUUAACUGGUUGCAGGACCUUGCUGUUUAUAAUGAUCAAACUGGCUCAUGGCCGAUUAUUAUCUGAGGCCAGAUGAGUCUUUUUUUUGGGGAUCUGUAUGUAGGAUUGUGUUAUUUUGGUGUAUAUCAACUUAUCUUCUGAGGACAAUGAUGCAUAAAUGCUAUAGAGCUAUAGAAUAUCUGGUGGAACUUGGAGCCAAAUUUUCUUCAUAUUAUUUUAUUGAUUCAUAUUUCUUCUCCUCCUACACCAAAAACUUGAUGAUGAUGCUCUUCAAGAUGUAAAGUGUUUAUAUGGUAAUUAUGCGAGGAAUGAUUUUCAAAUUCCGGAAUGUCUUGGAGAUGUGAACCUUCUCUCUAUUUGUGGGUCGGGAUACAAUUAUGCAAUAGUUUAUUGAAUAGUAAAUCUUGUAACAUUGUACAUUGCAAUAUCUUAUGAAGCGGAAUCUACAGUGUUGAGUGUUUA